AUGACCCUAAGAGGUCACAAGAGGGGUGUCGCUGCUGUGCGGUUCUCGCCAAAUGGGAAAUGGGUUGCCAGCUGCUCCGCCGAUUGCACCAUCAAAGUGUGGAAUGCCCAGACAGGAACAUUGGUGCACACUCUCGAAGGCCACCUCGCCGGUGUCUCUACCAUAUCCUGGGCUCCCGACUCGAUAGUCCUUGCAUCGGGCUCCGACGACAAAUCCAUCAGACUCUGGGAUGUCAGGACGGGAAAAUGCAUGCCGACAGCCUUGACUGGUCACCACAACUACAUAUACAGCAUCGCCUUUUCGCCGAAGGGUAACAUGCUCGUGAGCGGAUCAUACGACGAAGCAGUCUUUUUGUGGGACGUGCGGACAGCCCGAGUGAUGAGGUCGCUACCUGCUCACUCAGACCCAGUAUCUGGAGUCGACUUUGUACGGGACGGAACGCUUGUGGCAUCUUGCUCGAGCGAUGGCCUCAUCCGACUGUGGGAUUCAAAUACAGGACAAUGUCUGAAGACACUAGUGCACGAAGACAACGCGCCCGUCACUUCGGUACGCUUCUCCCCCAAUGGCAAAUUCGUGCUUGCGGCGACACUCGACUCGAGUGUACGGUUAUGGAAGUACGUCGAAGGUCGAUGUAUCAAGACAUAUCAGGGACACAAGAACCAGAAAUUCAGCAUCAAUGCGUGUUUCGGAACAUACUUUAACGAGCAGGAGGAUGGAGAAGAGUCAGCAUUCGCCAUGUGCGGCGACGAAGAGGGCAAAGCAGUGAUAUGGGAUGUCAAUACCAAGGCAGUACUGCAGGUUCUGGAAGGCCACGACGACGUGGUGCUUGGAGUUGAUAGCAGUCCGGACAGCAGUAUGGUGGCGACGUGCAGCCUGGACGGAACCAUCAAGGUGUGGAAAAACAGUCCCGACAAGCAAGAAGACUAG